AUGCACGAUCCCGGCUCGCCCACCGACUACUUUGACUGGGUUACCGACAAUGAUGUGUCGGAAUCCGCGCGUGACGAGGAGAAGCCGGUGCGCCGGUUUAGCAUGAAGAACAUGUCCCCAGGCAAACUCGUGCUGAUGCUCACGACGACCUUCUUUGGCAAUGUGAUCCUGGUUGGACUGAUGCUCAUCCCGAUUCUGUGCAUUCAUUAUGUCUACCGUCCCCACCACCCCGAGCGGGAGUACAAGGCACGCAACAUCGAAGCGUGGUUCAUCUGGGCCGCCUUCAAUCUCCAUCUGCAGUGGUGGAUCCACUUCUUGGUCGAGUUGAUCCCGGCGAUCAUCUUGUACGUUGUGCGCCUUAUCUGGGGCCCGCCUGGUCAGCUGCUCCAGAGCGCUUUGGAGUACUACCGUGCGAUGAGCAACUACUUCAAGUUCCUGCUGUACGCGGCACUCAACUGGGGCUCCUGGACGAUCAUUUUCAGCCCAAUGUUUGGUCUCUACACGGCGGGGGACUUGGACCCGGAUCACAGCUGGGCUUCGUACACCCCACGCCUCUACCAGGUCAUGCAGUUUAUCUUUUUCCUCACGUUAACGAUUGCUGCCGAAAAGGUGAUUAUCAAGUUUAUUGCGAUCCGGUUUCACCAGUCGUCGUAUGCCGACCGCAUUCAGUCGAUGUCACACACGCUCAAGGUGCUCGAUCAUUUGUACAACUGCCGGCCCAAGGGCGACUCGACUGGCACUUCGCCGGGGCCCAGGGCUUUUGUGCAAAAGGCGAGCAAGGGCGUGUCGUUCUUGCGGGAACGCAGCCGCUCGCUGGACGGAACCGAGACGCCACGGUCGAAAGGCACCGACACGCCGCGGCAGAAGGGCGCACGCAGGGCGCUGGCCAAGCAAAAGUUCUCGCAAUGGCAGCAAAUGGCGAAAGGACGUGCGCAAAAGUCGUCGGCGCUCGCCUCGCACCUCGCCUCGAUCGGUAUGCGCGAUCCCGCGCAGCUGCUGAAAACCGCCGAGAUGGGUCUGAAGCUCGAUAUGAACACACCGGCGCAGGCCAAAAAGGUCGCGCGCUCCAUCUUUGUCUCGUAUCAGCGCGAUCCUACGCGCCGGUACCUGGUCCUGGAAGACUUUGCGCCGGCCUAUGUCAAGGCGCCCAGCGAGGCCCGCGAUGCAUUUGCCGUCUUUGACCGCGAUGGCAACGGCGAUAUUUCGCAGAUCGAGAUCAAGAACACGGUGCUCGAGGUGUUCAAAGAGCGCCGUAUUCUCGCCAAGGCCAUGCAUGACCUAAACAAUGCCGUGGCGCAGCUCGACUUGAUUCUGGGUAUCAUCGCCUGCAUUUUUAUCCUCUUUGAGGCUUUCGCGAUCUUCAAUGUGGAUGUCGCCAAGACCCUAUCGACGUUCUACACGAUGGGCAUUGCGUUUGCGUUCGUGUUCAAGGAGAGUGCGCAGAACUUGUUUGACUCGAUCAUCUUCUUGUUUGUCACGCACCCCUUCGACACGGGUGAUCUGGUCCAAAUCAACCAGGCGACCUAUAUCGUUCUGCGCCUCAAUCUCCUUUCCACACAGUUCGUUACGACCGAAGGGCUCAAUCUGUACAUGUCCAACCCGGUGCUGGCCGCCACCAGCAUCCAGAAUUUCCGUCGGUCGAGCUACCAGUACGAGGAGACAAAGAUCCAAGUCGCGUUCGACACGCCAUGGGAGAAGAUCGACGCGGUCCAGCGAGAUCUCAACAAGUGGAUCGAGAACGAUGUCGAGCAUCGCUUUAUGUAUCCUGCGCGCAUCUUCCCGUCCUCGAUUUCGUACAUGCGCACCAUGGAGCUCAUUGUUGGUAUGACCCAUUCGCACAACUUCCAGGACUGGGGUAACAGACUGCUGCGCAAGGUCGCCUUCAUGGCCGCCCUGAUGUACUACUUGCGGAAGCACCGCGUCGUGUACGAAGAGGGCCUUGAAUCUGCUGCGAUUUGGGACCAGGACUGGCAACAGCAAUACCAAAGCAUGUACGAGGAGGGCGAGGCUGCCAAGACCGCCGAGGCCAUCGCCAAGGCCUCGGGACAGACUCCGACGGCUCCCGCGAGUACGACGCUCGAUGUGGAUACCAUGCCCGAGCCCCCGCUGCCCAACAAGAUGGCCAUUCCCGAAAGCCAAGCGGAACAGCUGAGUGGUACGAAGCCGCGCAUCGAUUGGGAGCGCACAUGGGUUGUCCCCCAGCCCGACCCCUCGUUUGAGGAGACAGCUACUUCGCUGCAUCCCCACGGCGAGGCCGCGUCGACGUACAUGUACUUCCGCCCGCCCCCCGACGAACUGAGUCAGAUGCGCCUGCGUCGCCGCCACGCCCCCGCCGAAGGGGGAUAA